AUGUCGAUGAAAGAAGAAUUAACAGAGGGGGAGAGUUCUUCAAAUUGGGCUAAUAUUGUAGGCGAUGUUUUAAGAUGCAUUGCAGAUAAGACUCACUCAGUUCAAGAUGGUAUUCGAAUGGGUACAGUCUGUCGAUCUUGGCAAGCUUCACUCAAGGAUAAAGAAAUCAUCUUCCCUAUUUGUUUGAUGCUUGCACAGAAAGAGGACAAUGACAAACAUUGUUUUUACAAGAUAUCAGCAGAAAUCUUCAUUGAGCUGGAAUUGCCGGAGAUCCGAGGAAGGAAGUGUUGGGGUUCUCCUUUUGGUUGGUUAAUAACCUGUGGGCUUGAUCUCGAAAUUCAAUUGUUUAAUCCUUUAUCAAGAGCCAACCUCGCCCUUCCUCCACUGAAUACCUUCACCCACCAGGAACAUUGGCAAAAUCGGACUUCUGAAGACUUGCGUAAUUAUUUUAUAAAAAAACUCGUGGUAUCCUCAAAUCCUGCUUCUCCAGAUUGUAUUGUUUUCGCAAUUUAUUCUGAAUUUAAUUUACUAGCAUUUGCAAAACCCGGCCAUAAUAAAGCAUGGACUCCUAUUAAUGCUGCCCCUACCCUAAUUGAAGCUACCCGUAGAAUUCGAUUCGAUGACGUCAUUUGUUUCAAUGGUAGUUUCUUUGCUGCUCGAGAUAAUGGUCAGCUUUUUUUAUGUCAAGACUUAGACGCAUCUCAUCCUAAAGCAGUAGAGUUUGCCUCGGCGCCUCCAACAUUCUCUCUAUUUUAUACUAAAUAUCUAGUUGAUAUGGGUGGAAACCUUUGUAUGCUAUCCCGCAGUGUUUAUCAAUAUGGGUUUACAUCCGACGACGAAGAAGGGUUUACUUCUGAUAGCGAAGAAGAGAUAGAAAUUUAUACUUCUGACGAUGACGAAGAAGACUUUUUCACAAGAGAAUUUGAUAUUUUUAAGCUGAAUAUGGAAACAAGGAACUGGGAGAGAAUUCUGUCACUGGUGUGA